AUGACCGACUGCGGCGACUUUGUAAACUCUGACGACGAAGAAGAUGUCCAGGACCUCGAGGAGAAUGCUGAACCGCUUUCACUGUACUUUCGAUAUCGCAUCGAGCAUAAACUCGGCCACGGCGGCUUCUCUACCGUCUGGAUGGCCCAUGACAUUGUAAAAAAGAAGGUCUUUGCCCUCAAGAUCACUACUCUUGCCAGAGAUGCGGUAGACCGUGAAAACACGUCUAAGCUUCUCCCGUCUUGCGAAGCCUUCUCGCUUCCUAGUCCCAACGGUCACCACAGAGUCCUGGUGUUUCCCCUGCGAGGCCCUAGUCUUCACUCCUGCUUCGCCAGCAUGUCCAUGGCCAAUCGAAUGUCCGCGGCGAAGCAGGUGCUACAGACUUUGAAAUCCCUGCACGACGCCAACAUCGUCCAUCAAGAUCUGAACGACAGAAACAUUAUGUGCGGCAUCGCCCCCCUUGACACCUAUGACGUCAAGAUGAAAUACCAGUACCUCGGCCGGCCUAAAAAGAUCCCCCUGCAAACUCCGGCAGGGAUGCAGGGAGAGCUCGUUAGGCCCAUAGUAGUCCCCCCUAGCUUACUCACUAAUUUAUUCUAUCUCAGGGAUUUUGGCCUAGCAAUGAAUGCGGGCACUUUAAUAAACUACAAGCUACAAUCGCCUAGCGCCUGGUGUGCCCCGGAACGGCUUCAUAACACAGACCUAAGUGCUGCCAGCGACAUGUGGAGCUACAUGUGUGUUUUCACAGAGCUCUACCUUGGCACACUUCCCUGGUCCAUCUACGAUGAUGCGCUGCCCAGCAUAGUCAAACAGCCUGAAUCCACUCUUGAAACAAUAAUUGCACACGCCCGCCCUGACGUCAGUUCGACCGAGCGUGCUCACGUACUGUUCUUUAUGCUAAAAGGAUUCUCUUAUAAUCCUCAGCACCGCAUGACUGCUGUGCAACUUUUGGACAAUGCUUCAUUUUGA